AUGGUUGCUGCAUCUGUGCAAGCUCCAGGUGCGGAGAAAAGGGUGUUUAACAUUCCAGUUCUCUAUAUCGUAAAAUGCGCCCAAAAUCAACACGGUCUGCGACACGGGGAUUAUCAACGUUACCAACAAUAUGUGACACGCAAAAUUAGACGCAUGCGCAAGUCUCUGCGUCUUCAGCAGGGUACUCGGUCGCGCGUGGCUCCCAAGAAAUUGACCCCUGAUAUGGUCACGGAUGCUCGUCAUCUCGUCCUAGCGGUAUUCGAGAUCGAGCGGUGUUGGGCCUACGCCAUGCAGCUGAGGGCAGAGGCAAAUUCUGAGCCUCGGAAGCGUUUCCACAUGAUUUCGCGUCUUCGGAAAGCUGCUAAGGGAGCACAGUUGCUCAGUGAACUCUUAACAGGAGUUCCAAUGUGUGGUGCACAGACCAAAUUAGAAUUGACCGCUUACAUCCAGUGGAUUUUGGGAAUUCUCAGUUUCGAGCAACAAGACUGGGUGAAGGCGAAGGAGCUUCUGGAAUCGGCGCAGCAAAUCUACUCUGGUCUUUCGACCUCUGUCGACGAGGACCUAAAAGCUAUAUACACGGCACGCACUAACGAACUGCUUCCACAAAUUCGCUAUUGCGCUUACAGCAUUGGCGAUGCCUCCGCGGCCUCCGACCUAAUGGAAAUGCGUGCCGGCGCUGAGGGCACUCUUGCCGAGGAACAACUGGACGAGUUGUUGAAGCAGAUGCAAGCUCUUCAAGCGGGCUCAGUUACCGAGGUUACCUGGCUUGGUGUCACCAUCCCAGUGAAGCUAGAGAAAGCUCGAGUUGCCGUACUUGCUGUUCAGGAAACGGACGAGGAGCUGAAGAAAUUUGCCUCCAGCUACACCAAAGCUGCCCUAUGUGAGUCGGCCCUCAAGGUCAUUGUCGAGGCGCUCGCUGCCCUUAAGGAUGAGAUGCGCGCACUUUCGAACUCCGAUGUUGCCGCCGUGGGCAUUCUGCCCUCGCAAUCCAAUCAGAAGGCCGCCGCUGCGGGCGUCGAAAAGCUACCUCGACUGCAGCGCCUAAGCACUUACCUGCAGUACUUGAAGCUGAGCAAGACCAUUUGGCGCACCCUCUACCAGUUGGAGACGUACAUGUCAAACGUUGCUCCCGAGCACCGCUAUUCGACUAGCCUCGUUACCUCGGGCUACCAUAAGCCCCAUGAGUUCUCGCGCCUCUACGACACAGUGGUUCAAAACCUCCAAGAGUUGCACAGCCUGCCUGGCAGUAUACAGGACAACCCAGAUGUCAAAUCGCUUAUCAUGGCGAAGAUACUGGCUUUUAAGUGCCUUCGGUGCUACUACUUGGCUCUCGCCUACCUCAGAACACACCGUUUUCUCGAGAGCUACUCUCUCCUCCAGCGCUGCCACGUCCGAACAAAAGACGCGCUCACGGCGCUGUCUGACGACUCAGUGUCUGAUAGUGUAGAGGCGGAGGCAGUACCCGGCUACACGCGUUCCUUCUUAAUCGAUUUAAUGCAGGACCUUGUGAGACAGGCUGACACCGAAGUGCUUGCCUGCAAAGCCGGCUACAUGCUCGAACGGGCUGCUGGCGACGCCGGCACUGAGAAUGUGGACGAUCCCACAUCGACCGCAGGCAUCUCGAAAGUCGUCCUUAAAGAGCCUCUUAUCAAGUCGUUGGGAGAAUUUGUCCCCGAUAAGAUUCUUCUACGGAAACUGACCACUCAGCCGAUGCCGUUGGUCCCAUUCCCGCCGGACUUCGAACCAAUUCCUGUAAAACCGGCCUUCUUUGAUCUUGCACUCAACCACAUUAAUUUCCCCCCGCAGCCCAAAAACGCCAAGGACUCCGCGGCAUCUAGCAUCACCGGAUUCAUGAAGGGCCUGCUCUGGGGGCAGUCGAAAAAGUAG